UAGUCAGAGUGGGUCUUUCGUCGGAGACGGAGGUCUCCGUGUGUGUGUUGCUUUUAGUGAAAGAAGAAGUCGCCUAGAGGGCCCCCAUAUUGGGGCUCCACCCUUUUGGAUAAAAGUGCGCCAAAAUUAGCGAAUUAGCCACUGUGCGUGGCCAAAUUGUGCGCCCAUUUCUUCCCGCAGAAAUCACGAGAAAUCCGUGAAAAAGAAGGCCCCCGAAUGAAAUUGUGCUACAUUAUUGGCCCGUGUGUUUGUCACGCGUGUUUGUGUGUGUGAGAGCGAGAGGGUGUGCAAGUGAGAUGGUGCAUUGUGGUGCUCUAGGUGCAAAGGAGAUAGGUAGAGUGCUCGUUUUUUCUACAUUGCUCGCGCACAAACACAUCCGUGCAAUCUCCAUGGAAUAAGUGACGUGUUCGCCUUCAAUAUAUAUUAAAAUAAAAAAAAAAUUGUGAAGAAACUCUCUCCUCUUGAAGGAAAAAUUUCCACACACUGUGCUGUUUUUUUUUCAGUUAGUGGCAAAUAAUAAAUAUUUUGCAGCACAAAAUCUGUGAGAAAUUCUUCGUGUGUGUGUUGGUGGUUAGAAAAAAAAUUAAAAAAGAGAAAAAAGUGUUGGAAAACUUAUUGCGAAUUGGAUGGAAAAUUCACAAUAAAACUUACGCCGACACCCCUUCCCAUUGAUGACACCUCCUUUGCAUUUAUGACAUCAAGUGCAAAAAUCACAAAGCAACAGUCCUUGGGCGCUCUUUAUUUGUGUGAGGAGAGGAGCUAAAUUGCACAGAAGACAUUUUCCCCGAGGGAGCCUAAUCCAGAGCAGCAGUGGAAGGAGUCGCAGAGCCAUUACCGUUGGGUGAAAAUUCAUCCUGUUCGAGGAAAUUUCCUGAGUAAGGUCACGUUGAAUCCAUGACGACCAGUUGGAAUAUCCUUAAGUAGAUAACAAGUGUGGGGAAAUUCCUCGACAAGUUUCUGUGCAAAAUCAAUAUUUUAGCAAAUUUAAUGUGAUUUAAUGUGGACAGUGUGCAAAAAAAAGUGAUCGUUUGUUGCGAAAAAAAGAAAACUCAAAAGAAAAAAAACUUAAAGUCUAACGCACAUUCUGAGUACACUCAGAAAAAAAACGUUGUAAAUUGAUGUUUAAUUUUAAGUGUAGAACUGUCAAAUUGUGGUGACAUAACCUCAAAUCAAAAGAGUGACAGAUCGAUUGGCGGUUGUGGUGAUUGAAUCAAAAAAAGAAUCAAUGAUAAUAGUUAAGGAAUUGAGGUUUUAAAAACUAUUAAGAAAAUAAAAAUUUGGUGCUAAGUGUUGUGCAAAAGUGGGACAUUUGUCAAACGUCUAUGUGCUUUUCUUUUGGGACUAAAUAGUAUGGAUAUAUCACCCACUAUUUACUCUGUAAACUACUAAUUACUUCACUUGAUGUUGACAUAAGGUGAGAAUGCCGUGAGAAGCUCCAGUCUUUUACGGGGUUUGUUUGCUGAAAGACUUCCAAGAUGGAUCAAGACACAAGUAGUAGGGUAGGUGAUGAGAAACUCCCGGCGGAGAAGGAGACAAAUGAAUGCGAUGAAGCAAUGCAGAAGAAUGGUGAGAAUGGGGCGGAAGAAGGUGCUAAAAAUGAUAAUGAGACUGCUGCCCAGCCACCAGUUGCUGCUGCAGAACCUCCGGCUGAUAAUCAAACGACGGACCAGCGUGUCCAGGAGCGCCCCGAUGAUGCUGGUGGGGAGGACAGAACUGAGAGACUUUCACCAGAAGCUUCCAGUAGGGAUGAAGUUGAUGAGGCGGCGGGAAAGAAGCUCAAUGAGGAAGUGGCCAGGAGUUCCGAAGUGCUGAAGAAUGAUGAUGUUAAAUGCCCCGAAACGAGUUUAAUUGAAUUCAAAGGGGGUGGUGCCGAAGAGAUUCCAGGUGUGGAUGAUCAACAAAGAUCAAGUUGUGAGGAUCGUCUUCCGCAUUCCACGACAAAUCUCCGGGGAUCUGAAUCCCCCAUCCCUGUGGGGAAUCUUCCGCCUCCACCACGUUCGAGGCGCCCCCAGUUGUUGGAUAAUCUCAAGAAGAAGACAACUUCGGAGAGUUCUGAGCCUGAAAGUCUCGAAGAUGAGGACUCCCCGCCACCAUCUGUGGCUCCUGCUGUACAGGAUGGGAGCGUGGGAGGGCGUGAGGAGCCCGACAAUACGAGUGGGUACAUCAAUAAGCGGAGUAGCCUUUAUGUGAAGAAUCCAGACUUUACGAAGCGCAUGCAGCAACCAGCUGCAACGUCCCCGGCUCCUCAGGUGUCCACCAUUAGGAAUCAUGCGGCGGUUUCCAAUGAUUUGAGCACAUUGCGAAUGAAACCGCCGGACUUUAGCAAAGUCACGGCGUCCGUCCAGCCACCCACCAAUGUGACGCCGAGUAAUUUUGAGGAGAUCAGUCGACGCUACAAUUACAUCAGUGAUUUGCAGCUGAAGCCACAGUCGGCGAGUACGGCUCCUGUGGCGGGGAGUAGCUACAGGAAUCUCUACGUUAGCGCCCCGACGUUCACAUCGCACAAAUUUCACGGUGAACCGUCGGAGCGAAAACCUCCGGAGCUGGAGGAACCAACGGCACAUAUAAUUCACAAGAAACCCCAGUAUUUGCCCCCGGGGCCACUGCAUGAGGUGGCAAAUUAUCCCGAAGCAAUGGUACGAAGCUAUAGCCACACAAAGAAUCAGUAUUUACCACCGCGGACGGAUCAAAGGGCUCCAGCUGCUGCUGCUGCUGCCUAUGCUCCACCAUCCCCUGUAAAGGCCUACCCGUCGUCCUACGGUGGCCCCCCGGGGCCCCACGAUAGGGCCAAGAAGUACGACCCGAAGCCACGAAGUCCGCCCAAAGUGGCCACGUAUGAGCCUAAAGCGUCUGUGAUACAGCAACAGCAGCAAGUUGGUGGCUACAGUGAGCAUCAGCAUCAGCCCAAAGUGGCCACGGAUCUGUAUGGGCAACGUGCCUACAGUAUGAUGCCACCACAAAUGGCCCGUAGCCCAGUGGUGAUAAAGCAUCCCCCGAGUCCUAGUGGUUCAAUGAAUCCUCCACAGAAUUGGCCAGGACGUGUGGGAACACCCCAAUCGCCCCACAAUGGCUCCACACACAGCCCAAACUUCCUCCCACCACCUGCCCCAGUGGCCUACAAACCAUCACAAUCCCCCACGACGUCCUCCUACUACCCAAAUGGAGAGAUGAAGUCCCCCUAUGGGGCGUACUAUGCACCCAAAAUGGCAGCUAAAGAUAAGCCCCCAAUUGACUAUGUUGACCUAACAAAACCCCAAAAAGGCGAUGCUGAAGCGUACAGAUCGGAUAUUCAUCUCCGUGGAUCACCACGAAGUGAAUCUUUGGGCAGGAAUCAACCCCGGGAGCCUGUUGUGUACGAAAUGAGGCAUUCAAGUUCGGAGAAUAAUCUCUCCAACUACUACAGGCAACACCACCAGCAGCAGCAGCAACAGUUGAAAGAUUCUCCAGGAGGUGCUCUUCCAAAGGAUCCAAUGGGGGGAUAUAUUCCUUAUCCAACAGGAAGUUCCAGCAGCAAACAGCAGCUGCAGCAGCAACAGAGUGUUCCCUACAGGUAUCCUCCUCAUGUUAAGGAAUCUCCAUCUCCAAAGGCAUACAGGUACGCACCAUCGCCACAGGAAGCAGGAGGUGUUUAUGAGAGGAAUUCCUCGGUGAUUGAGAGGCUUCCACCAUCAGUACCACCCCUACCAGCUGCUGCUGCUGCUUCUGCUGCCUAUGAAGCAUCCCAGCCGGCAAAGAGAAAGGAAGCAGAAGUACCUCCAAAGGCGGCUCCAGUUGUAGCUACUGCAACCACAAAUUCCGUCUUUGCGCCCGUCAAGAGGGAGUCUCCGCUGGAUUUGUCCGUGAAGACGGUGAAGACGAAGGCAGACUCCACGGGAUGCGAUGACAAUGCCAUUGGUUCGAGCAGCAGCAAAGGCCGGGAAGCGUCGCAUUCGCUCAAAGUGAACUACGUGCCAAACUUCUCGAAGCACACGCAGCAGGAUGAGUACAGGUACGCCUACGAGGCUCCUCCACGACCACAACCUAUUCCACCCAAUGCAGGGCAGGUUCUGGCAAAGAGAGUAGCUGUUCCGGAGAGGGAUGUUAGGGGCUAUGCAAAGCCCGCUGCAACGUUCUAUCCGCCACAGCAGCAGGUGAUGCCAAGGAGGGAAGAAGCGCCAGUGGCUGUGCAGAGGAAUGAGUACAGCCCAUCGGCAGGGAUGUACUACGAUCCGAAGAAUGUCAGUCAGCGUCAGGAAAGUCAGCGUCAGGAGAGGACAGCAGCAGCUGCUUACUACGCCCGGGAAUCCGUCGUACAGCCACCAAAUGCGACAAAUGUGAUAAAAUCUGUUAAACAGGAAGUGUAUCAGUAUCAGCAGUACCCUCCGAAGGGUGUAGCACAGCCGGAAGUGAGAUCAUCACGAUAUGAGAAUCACAUUGGGUACCAGAAGUACCCACAGGCUAUUCCACCGGCUGAAUAUGCUCAGGCCUAUGCGAAGAGUCACAUGGAAGCAGCAGCAGCGGCGUCUGCAAGAGCACCUCCGGCUGAGGCUUAUGGGCCGCAUGGGUAUGGGUAUUCCCCGUCAAAGGUGGUAGCUGAGAAGGAGGAGAGGAAGAGACCUCCGGAGGCGUAUCAGUAUGAGAUGGCACCGCCGAAAAAGUCCCCGAAGAUGGAGACACCCAUUCAGCAGAAGGUGGAGACGUACCUGAAUAAUGCUGGCUACUACAAGAGUCAUCACUACCCACAUCCACCCACUCCGCCGCAGCAUCAUCCACACCACCCAAAUCAUCCAACACAUCCCACUCAUCCGUCGCAGUAUGCUCAGCAUCAUCAGCUGCAGCAUCCUGCUCAUCCUACGCAUCCCACGCACCCCACGCAUUCUCCACAAUCUCACCAUCCUGCCCACCCAUCGCAUCAUCAAGCUGCCCAUCCGCAGCACCAUCAGGCACCUCCUCAUCUCGCCUACGGGGUUCCCACGCAAGGCAGGGAACCUCUACCCCGUCCUGUGGCACAAAAUCCCUAUCAGUAUCGUCCGGGAGAGUACCCGUAUGCUCCGAAAGAGGUUAAAACCGUCCAGGAGAAGACAGCCGAGCCCUCCGUUGCCGUUUACUACCCCCAAACACCCAAAAAAGAUCCUCAUCCAGCAACAUUCACUCCCGAUGCCUCCCUGCGGUAUACAGCACAACAAAACUUCCGUGCUGCCAUGCCUUAUGACCCACAGAGGGCGCCCGCGUAUGCAGGAAGCCCCCCACAGCCACCGCAAAAUCCCUACGAAGUACACGAGAAGCACACACAGCAGGACUUCCGGCAGCAACAGCAACAUCCGCCGGCUGCGUAUCAAGCGGAGAAAUGUUCUCCGGCGAAUACUGUAACAGCGAGGCAGUGGUACCCAAGCUUACCGCCACAGCAGAAUCAUCAAUACCAACCACCAGGAGUCUUUCAUCCACGCCCUCCAGAUCCAACGCCACCGGCUAAUCUCAUCCGGACACCUUCAGAUGAGCGCCUUGUGGCGAAUGGGGGGAAACUGGGAGCUGACAGGGAGGUGAUAUCGAAGCUAAAGACAACAAUUGAGGGGAAACAGAAGAUGGUGCGGAAGCAGAAUAGUGGAGAAUUGGAUGAGGAAGAAGCCAACAAGGCGGACAUUGCAUCCCUCCUGGCGGCCAGAAUACGCACAAAAGGGGAACUUAAGGGCUUCACACCAAUCCCAGUAACGACUCCUGAGGGGAAAGAUGCCCCAGGGAGUGUUGAAGAGGAACCCACAGUGCCUAUUCCUCCUCCUGUUGCUCCUCCCCUUCCACCCACAGGGCCCAUUGAUCCCCCAUCAGAUCUCGAAGGAACAAGUGCGUUUGACCUCCUGGACUUUGGUAGUGCUUGCAAUGACUUUGUGGAGCAACUGCAAACGGGGAAGAAGAAGAUGAAGCGACGAAGAAGUCGAAAAUCUGAAGUUAGUGAGGUGAAGUUGGAAGUUGCUCCGGCUGAAGUGAAGCCAACUGUUGCGGCUGUUCCGCCGGAGAGUAUUGUUCCACAGGAAGCAAUCCAGAAGGCAGCUGAAAGUCUCAAAGACAAAACAAAGGAUGACACAAGUAGUAGUGAUGAGGAUAAACCACUCUUCCUCCUGCGGCAGCAAAGUGAGGAAGUCAAGGCGAAGAGUAAAAAAGCCACAACGUCCGAAGAUGAAGAUCCUGCUACGAAGAGAGCAGAAAUCUUUGAAAGGUUAACUGAUAAAAUCACAAAGAGGCUCGCUGCCAGGCUAAAUACAUCCACUUCAGAGGAUGAGGAAGCUUCCAAGUCGUCGCAGAAGAGGAAGAGAAAACCCCUGCGGAAGACAAAGAUGAAAAAUGUCAAAAGCUCAGAUGAGGAUUCAUCGGCAGAAGAGCAGGAGAAGAUGGUGAAGAAGAAGCCAGAGAAAUCUUGCUCUGAAUCUGAAAUUGUGAAGAAGAAACUGAAAAAGGGGCAGAAAUCCACAGAUCACGAAGCUUCCGGGAAUGAGAAGAAGGGAAAGACGCCGAAGAAGGGAAUUAAGCAGAAGAAUCCUCCAGAAAGUAGCAGUGAUGAAGAUGAAGAGGAAGAAGAUACAACGAAGAAGGGAAGAGGUAAGAAAUCUGGGAAGAAUCAACCAGCAAAAAAGCGUCAAAGUAGGAAGUCCUUGUCAACGGAUGGAGGGAGUUCAGACUCUGGGGAAGAUGGGGAUAGUGAGGAGAAAUCAACGCCAAAGUCAAAAAACUCCUCAGCGGCAAAGUCCACCGACGGCGGAAAGGAGAAGGCGGCAGAUAGAACGCCUCCCCUGAGCAGGACUAAAUCGACACGCCGCUCCAAAGACGUCGGAUCAGGUGGUGGUGGUGCCACAGAUGAUACCAUGUCCAUGACACGAUCAAAGAAGCGCAAAGAGAUGGAGCAGCGUCUGGCGAAUAGUAAAGUUCUCCGGAAUGAGAAGAUCGUUCACAAUGUUGUGGUGGAUAAGAAGAAGAAGACAUCCCCCAAGGCAGCUGCUACUCUCAAAGUGGACGAAGCAAAGAGGAAGAUCCUGGACACGGACAGUGAAGCGGAGAAUAAGGGAAAAAUGAAGAAGAAGCCACGACGUAUCUCCAAACUCCAAUCAUCCUCAAGUUCUGAAAGUUCAGAGUCUGAGAGUGAAGCUGAGACUGUUAGUGAGAGAUUGAGACCGAGGAAGCCACAGCAGAAGCCAAUGAUCCCCGUGACGCCAUCAAAAAACGGGAAGGUCUCGGGAGGUGGGAAAAAUGAUGCAACGUCUCCCGGGAAGAAGAACAACGUUGUCAAGCAAACAGCCAUAGAAGGAGCCACAGAACCCGAUCUUGGGGAUAAUAAGUACCCACCCGGAUGGGAACUUCAGCUGUACGAAUACAAGCGUUCCCUGAAGAUCCCACCGAGCCUCAUUACAAUUGCCCGUCCGUCGUGGCAUCGUAUCUCAACAUCCCUCCCGGAUCUCGAUCCACACUCAAGCGAUGCUUCCGAGAGCUACCGUGCAAAGGAGAACGAGCGCCCCGUGCGGAAGAAGGGCGAUCCGCACCCCGUGAGGGAAGCAUCUGCUGCUGCCGAUGAUGCCUCCAAGUCGUCAAUUAUUGAUCUUCUGCAUCAGCGUGUCACGCAACGAGCAGCACGGCAGACGGCAAAGAAGUCUCCACGUCCAGUGGCAAAGACUGUGGCCACAGUGAAGACAUCCACGCCGUCGGUGGCUCAACUUCUGGCCACUCCGGGUGUUGAGGAUGAUGAUCGAUCAAUUUUUGGGGAAGCAAAACUCAACACUGUGCUCAAAUCACGCACGAGGACUGAGUACAGGAUGAUGAAGAAUAAAGAGCUCAUUAGGCAGGUGUUUGGUGGAGAAGAUCGACCAGCAUCGGCUCCUCCCUUCCGCGGAGGUGUUGAUUGCGCUCCGGAGCAGAUGACAAUCAAACAGGAACCCCUGGAUGAGGCACCAACGAUGAAACCCGUGACGUUUGAUCAGAAAUUCCAGGAGUACAUCCAGCAGAUUGAUCGAAUGUCCAUUGAGGAGGGUUUCGGGCGUGACACGACAAAUGCGGUGUGCGUGAAGACAGAGAAGGACUUCGGGGAGGACACUGAAACGCAGGACACCGUGCUGGAGAGUCAGAGUGUCAAUUCGGAGAGGGAAGGACUCACCCCGAUUUCCUUCACAAAUGUCAUCCGGAAGACAAAGAAGGGGGCGCGUUCGGUGCGCCGGAAGGGCAGCUCGGGCUUUGACUACAUCCGCAAGAAGAAGAAACCCCUCACGGAGAGUCAGCAGGCAGCUCUGGCGAAGAAGCGCAUGGCUGUGGUGACGGAACUCCGGGAGCGCGAUGAGCAGGAUAUUGGGCGUGAGGUGAAGGCGUGGGUGCUCAACAAGGGUGUUGGGGAGAGUGUGCUCCACAAGGCGGCAAGGCUGAAUUAUCUCGACGUCAUCGCGUACUGCCUGGAUAGGAUGGAGAUGUUCCCGGAUCAGAAGGACAAUGCAGGCUAUACGCCACUGCACGAAGCCUGCUCUCGGGGGCAUCUGCAGAUUGCGCGGCUUCUCCUGGAGUAUGGGGCGAAUGUUUCGGAGACAGCUCAAUCGGGCAUUCGUCCGUUGCACGAUGCCGUGGAGAAUGGGUACGUGGAAGUAGCCAGGCUGCUUCUCUCCUACGGAGCUGAUCCCCUUCUGGCCACCUAUGCCGGGCAGACGCCCCUGCAGCUGGCAGAAGACGACGGGAUGGCGCUCUUCCUCAAAAAUCAUCUCUACGACGUCCAGCACAAUGGCCCCGAUAAGAGUUCGUGGAAGUUUGCAGGACCCUGGGAGAUUUAUGAUCCGGAUAUUUGGGGCUUUAGCAUCUUGUCGGAUGUUCCUGAACCCGAUCCUCCGGCUGCGAAGGAGCCCGAAAAGUGUGAUUCCAACUCAAACAUCAUGAAGAAGAUCCCCGGAGGAGGAGGAGGGGCUGUAGAGAAUGGCUGCAGUAACGCAUCGAGUGUUUCCGGGACCGAAGCCGAUGCAUCCGAUGGGGAGCUAUUUGAGAUGGAAGAGUCCGACAUGCCUCUUCCGCCGCUCUACCUCCUCCGCGAUGAGGGCGCCGACAAGUGGGUGCUGCUCAGUGAUCUCUGCAAUCUGCUUAAGGUGAAAUCACGCGAUACGCUGCUGAAGCAAAUUCACCCAGGUGGCCUUCCGGCGGGACACAAGGAUCUCGUUCGUGAACUCCGGACGGGGGACUUCCUGCAGAAGGCCACGUGCCUGCAGCUCCUCUGUGCGGGCGAAAAACUCAACAUUCGCAGCUCCAAAGUUGUUCUGAUUAAGUACAAUGAGAGUGUUCAGGCACUCCUUGGCGUCCAGACGCUCCUAAUGCGUCUCUGACGUCCCAGAAAAUUAAAUGAAUAAAAAUGAAAUGAAUUUAAAUCACAAAACGUGAAUACAUCACACUGAAAGAGACUCAAAAUCACCCCCUAAAAAAAGGAGAAAAUUGUGCAAAAAAAAAACUCGCGAAAUAAUCAAAAAAUCAACUCCAAAAUCACGUUUUUUUUGCAUAAAAUUGAGAUUGAGGAACAAACUAAAAAAAAAGAUUUAAUAAAAUAUAUUUUUAGAGCAAUUAAACUAACAAUUUAACGUUUUUUUUUAUUAAGUGAUGAGAUGAAAGAGGUGAGAAAGAAAGAAAAAAAAACUUAGUGUCUAGCAAGAUUGCAAUUAAAAGAAAAUUAAAAAUAAUAAAGAAAAAAAACUCAAAAUAUUAUAUACAAUUUUUUUUAGCAAAUAAGAAGCUCCCCAAAGGAGAAAGAAAUAUAAUUUUUUCACAAAAUAUAUACAAGAGAAAAUGCAAGAAUUGUAAAGUAUUUUAAGGAUUUGCAAUUAAAUUAGCUCCAUUUUAUGUAUAAAAAAAUCCUUUUUUAUGUAAAUUUUUUUUAAGUUGUUACUGUAGUGAAAGAAACAGAAAAAUUGUAAUUAUAGAUGUGCAAUGACAUGUGAUUACAUAAAUGCUAUUAUAGUGAGAAAAUAUAUACAAAAAAAAAUAUUGAUUAAAAA